UCAGAAACAACCGUACCGAGGAGCACCCCAGGGCGCAUGCGUGCUCUGCGGCGCGGGCUGUGGGAAGGUUGGGCUAUGGCAGCUGCUCGGGACCCUCCGGAAGUAUCGCUGAGAGAAGCCACCCAGCGAAAAUUGCGGAGGUUUUCCGAGCUGAGAGGCAAAGUGGUAGCACCUGGAGAAUUCUGGGACAUAGUUGCAAUAACAGCAGCUGAUGAAAAACAGGAACUUGCUUACAAUCAACAGCUGUCCGAAAAGCUGAAAAGAAAGGAGUUACCCCUUGGAGUUCAAUAUCACGUUUUUGUAGAUCCUGCUGGAGCCAAAAUUGGUGGCUACAGUCAACGACUUCCAAAUGCAAGUGCUCUGGGAAAAAUUUUCACUGCUUUACCUCUUGGUAACCCUAUUUAUCAGAUGCUAGAAUUAAAACUAGCCAUGUACAUUGAUUUCCCCUCACAUAUGAAUCCUGGAAUUCUGGUUACCUGUGCAGAUGAUAUUGAACUGUAUAGUAUUGGAGAAUUUGAGUUUAUCAGAUUUGACAAACCUGGCUUUACUGCUUUAGCUCAUCCUUCUAGUUUGAUGAUAGGUACCACACAUGGAGUAUUUGUCUUAGAGCCUUUUGAUGAUUUAGAACAUAGAGACCUUGAAUACAGAUCUUGUCAUCGUUUCCUUCAUAAGCCCAGCAUAGAAAAGAUGUAUCAAUUUAAUGCUGUGUGUAGAUCUGGACAUUUUUGUCAACAGGACUUUGCUGGGGGUGACACUGCUGAUCUUAAAUUAGACUCUGACUAUGUCUAUACAGAUAGCCUAUUUUAUAUGGAUCAUAAAUCAGCAAAAAUAUUACUUGGUUUUUAUGAAAAAAUAGGCACACUGAGCUGUGAAAUAGAUGCCUAUGGUGACUUUCUACAGGCUUUGGGACCUGGAGCAACUGUGGAGUACACCAGAAACACAUCAAAUGUCAUUAAAGAAGGGUCAGAGUUGGUAGAAAUGAGGCAGAGAAUAUUUCAUCUUCUUAAAGGAACAUCACUAAAUGUUGUUGUUCUUAAUAACUCCAAAUUUUAUCACAUUGGAACAACUGAAGAAUAUUUGUUUUACUUUACCUCCGAUAACAGUUUAAAGUCAGAGCUCGGCUUACAGUCCAUAACUUUUAGUAUCUUUCCAGAUACACCAGAAUGCUCUGGCAAAACAUCCUGUAUCAUUCAAAGCAUACUGGAUUCAACAUGUUCUGUGGCACCUGGCUCAGUUGUGGAGUAUUCUAGAUUGGGGCCUGAUGUUUCAGUUGGGGAGAACUGCAUUAUUAGUGGUUCCCACGUCAUAACAAAAGCUCCGCUGCCUGCAUAUUCUUUUGUGUGUUCCUUAAGCUUGAAGAUGAAUAGAUGCUUAAAGUAUUCCACCAUGGCAUUUGGAGUGCAAGACAACUUGAAAAAGAGUGUGAAAACAUUGUCAGAUAUAAAGUUACUUCAAUUCUUUGGAGUCUGUUUUCUGUCAUGCUUAGAUGUUUGGAAUCUUAAAGUUACAGAGGAACUGUUCUCUGGUAAUAAGACGUGUCUGAGUUUGUGGACUGCACGCAUUUUCCCAGUUUGUUCUUCUUUGAGUGAUUCAGUUACAACAUCCCUAAGGAUGUUAAAUGCUGUUAAGAACAAGUCAGCAUUCAGCCUGAAUAGUUAUAGGCUGUUGUCCAUUGAAGAAAUGCUUAUCUACAAAGAUGUAGAGGAUAUGAUAACUUACAGGGAGCAAAUUUUUCUAGAAGUCAGUUUAAAAAGCAGUUUGAUUUAGAGAUAUUUAAAACAUUGUACACUUUGCCUUUUUGAGUUACAUUCCAGAGAUAGGUAUUUUCUGUAGGCUGUUUGUUUCACUGAACUUAAUUAAUAAAAAUUGUCUUAACAUAAUUGCUGUAGAUAAUGUUAAUAGCACAAAAGUAUAUAUAAAUCAUAUUUGAUGAAGACUAUUUCAAGACUAAGUUGAGAAAAGUGAUACUUUUUUGGAUGUAUAUCAUUGUUUUAGUUUUUAAUAAUGAUGGAUUUAUGGAGCAUUGUUUUUUCACAUAAUUAGUUUAAAAGGUAAUUUUCUAAGCAUACCUUUGGAGAAUUUUUCCAUCUUUUUUGAGGCUUUUGAUCCAAUAAAGUUGUAAGUAUUCAUUGGCAAUUCUCUCCUCAACUGUAAUUCUAUUUUGACUAAUAAAAAUUCAUACUAUAGGGUCUUCAGAGUACUGUAGGAAUACGGAAAAAAUGCUUAUUCAGAAACAAAUCCAUAGCUGACAAAUUCACUCAGUGCCGAAUAUAUUGUGAUUAUUUUAGUCGAUAAAUAGCUAGAUACAAAGACCUCUGAAAUUGAUGAUAAAAUUUGUAUCUCAUUGAUUUUAUCAAAAUGAAACUAAAAGUACACAUGUAUGAUACCCUUGAACAUGUGUUUGUGUAUCUUUAAAAUUUUCCCGUAUGUUCCAUUCCAUAGCAAAACACACACAAAUGCACACAAAACUCAGUUUAUCUGUGGGGAAAGUGGUAGUAAUCAUUGAGAUUCAUCAGUAAUCAUAUAAUUUCACUAUGGACAUCACUUUCAUUAUCUCCUAUCAGUGCUUCUAACAAAAUUUAAAUUACCAAAUUAACUGACUUUACUUUUCAUCUUAUUUUUUGUCCACACGCUGGUGUUGCUGAGAAGCAAAUAAUUGGCCCAAAUGCAGACAUAAAGAGGCAGGCAGAAAAAUGGAAAAACUGAGAUAAUGCACAGACGAUAAACACUUUCAAGAAAAUAAAAAAUUGGCUGAAAUCUCAAGUUAUGUGUUUCUAUAUUGGUAUAAGCACAUAAGUGAAAAGUCUUCAUACUAAAGUGUAAUAAAGAUUUGUCAGCGUGUUUUUUUUAAAUGAAAUAACUAGUCUGUGCUACUUUUAUUUGUAUGUUAACAUGUCAGUAUAAAAAUUGCCAAACUAGAAGUAACUGGUUUAUACCUUCAGUUAUGAUACUUUGUGUGCAUGUUUUUUUUUUUUUUUUCCCCAAGGUUUUUCCCAAGGAGAAGAUACAAAUAUAUGGUAGCUAUUGUAUAUAAAUAAUUGAUUUACUUGCAGAUUUUUCAGAGGAUGUUAUGUGUUUGUCAUUCAUUAAAUGUUCAAAAUUUUAGUUUUACCAAAUCUGAAGUGCCACCAGUUAAAAGAAUCACAUUAUUUUAUGUUCCAUUAAGAAAAACACAAUAAAAUAUGAUACAGUACUUUCUUUGUUACUUGAUAUUUUCAUAUUUAUUUGAGAUCUCUUUUAGAUGUUUUAAAUAUUUUAUUUAACCCUCUUGCAUAUACAUAUAAAAUAAUAAAAAGGUGAAAUAUUGAGAUAUCAUCAAAACAUUUCUACAGCUUCACAUUGAAGUUGUCCUGCAGCACUUUCAACUCAGAGUUAACGAUAUGCAUAUGUCCAUCUAGUACCAUCUUCUGUGCUUUCAGAGCUGCUGGUAAGGCUGCAUUUCCUGAGUGCUCUAAAACUACUGUCUGAAUUAUUUUUUUACCAAGCCCGCACUCCUGCAAGUUUUGAUACCCUUCUAUUUGACAAAACUCAGUUUUGCUUUUGCUUUAUUUUAAUCGCAGGUCCUUUGAACGUAGGACCUGUGAUUCUAUUCAAAGUCAGAAAGAUUUCUGACAUAUUGAUGUUAAUAUGAAAAUUAACACAUUAAUAUGAAAAUUAUUAUUUGGUAAACCAGAAGCGACCUGUCUGAAGUCCUCAAUUAUGGCAUUUUUGUGUUUAUUUUCUUUUUCUUUUUCAAGGUUCUUUUUGGAGAAACUAUAUGGUAGCUGUUGUUUAACAUUUACUUAUAGAUCUUUCGGAGGAUGUUACGAUUAUUAAUUGCUCAAUACUGUGUUUUGCUUAAUCUGAAUUUUAAUCAUAAUCCUGCACAAUGCAUGGAUUCUAGUUGCUUUGAAGUGGUUUUGCUCAAAGAACUUAUGAAUGUCUCUUGCUUUGAGAUGUAUUGCUUGGUGUGUAGAAAUGUACCACAAAUAGUGUACCUUAUUCAACUGAAGUGACAGUCAUAAACACAGAUAUGACCAAGUUCACAUGUGAGCAGGUAACAACUCUGUGACUAUUACUGCCAGGCUAAUAGCUAUUAUACUAACAUUUGUAAGGCAUAUUCCAUUUUCUGGCAUGUUGAAAUGUGGAGAAAAAAAGAUGAAUUAGGAAAUGAUUCUAACCUAAGUGUGUGUUUUAAUAAAAGGACCUAGGCAAAAAAAAAGUAAGUCACUCUUAAAUUUAAUCCCUGAAUAUAGUAUACAUGAUGAUAGGGGAGAAGUGUAUUUUGAUAAGAAGUGACUAAAUUUUGUGACAAUCUUCAUUUUUCAGGCUUUUCAUUUAGUCUGCCAAUAAAGAUUAGUUUUUAUCUGAAUUUUAUCAGCAAUAAAAAAAUAAGACCUGCAUAUAUAAGUUUGAAAUUAAACAUUUUGUCUCCCUUUAUAAUUUUCAUUUUUAUAAAAUCUUGACACUUAACAUAUACUCAGGUGUGUAAAAGCCUGCUAUUGUUUGUAACUAUAAUCCAUAAACUUUUGAUGAGUUAAUUACUAACAACAAGGGCAUGAGAAAAAUUCAACAGUAAUAAUCUUUUGCCUUAGGCAUUUAUUCUCUAAGCAAAACAGAAAUAAAGGAUAUGUAUCAGUGUGUACUCGGUUGAAAUAAAGCUUUAAAAAUCCAAAUGAUACUCUAAAAUUGUUCAAAAGUUUGAUGACAUGAAUCCAGAAUUAAUUCCCACAACCUGUGAUGAUCUAGUCAUCUUCUGUAGCUACACAGUACUAGUGUUAAGGUUACCAAAUUUAGCAAUAAAGCCAAAAUCAUAGCCGCCUGCUGUCACAUACAGCUUUUAAGUAAACUACACAAAAUCAGAGUUUCCGUUUACAUGGUCCAUGAGGCCAUCUGGACUUGAGCACUUUAGAGGCUCAGGAUUAAGGCACCUCAAUAUAGCCUAGCAGAAUUACAAUGGAGAGAAGUGAAAACUGUCAUUAGUAGCUAAAACCAGCUGAAGGAUUUCAGAUACUCUUUUUCUUGUUCAUCUAAAUCAAGCUUCAUCUGUGUUAAGAACUAAAUUGUUAAAGACCUUUUAAAUUUGUUAAGUGCAAGAAAAAUAAUAACCAUUAUCUACUUAGUUAACUUGAGUCUUCUGUGCCUCUAAAAUUUUGUUUAAACAAAGACUAUUGAGGUUAAGGAACACAACUUCUAAAACUUAGUAAAAUUGUAUUAUUAACAUUUCUUGCAUUGAACUUUGUCAUAUUUCCCUUCUUCUAAUUCUAGUGUGCCAAAUUCUGUAACAUAAUAGUGUUCUUAAUGCUCCCGUUUAUCUGUAUAUACAGGAACUUCUGCUUAGGUUUUUUUUAUACAUAAUGAAAGGCUAGUUAUACCAGUUGAUUGAAAAAUACCAGUUCUGUCCCUGGAAGAGCUGUCUACAUGAGCCACAACAAACCGAACUUGCCACGUCAUUCAAACUUGCCAAUUUGGCUGUAGUUUAGUGGAUGACAGCUUUGGGUCAGGCUAAUAUUUGGGGAAAUGGAAUAAUAAAAGCUGCUGAUUUUCAUACUGUAUUGGAAGUAGGAAUAUCAGCAGCUUUGGGGGAUUGGGGGUGUAGAGGGAAGAAUGCCUGUGAAUGAGUCACUAUUAUCAACUAACUGCAAAGCAGCUUGGUGAUUGACACUUAUGUCUAAAGAUGUUCAUCCCAAGAGCGUUAUUGUUCAUACAAGUAACUGAUUGAAACUAACAGAGUUAAUAUGUUAUUUUGGGCUGCUUGGACAAAUAGUCUAUCUUUUUGAAGCCUCUGGCUGCAGGGAUCUCUUAGCCAUCGCACAAAUAAAUUUCAACCAUUCAGACAGAGCAAUUCAUUUCUGAUUGCUGUAGACUAGGGCAAUCCAUCUGCUAGUGUCAUUUACUAGCUAUCUGUGACAGAAUUAUACUCCUUCAAUUGUGCUUCAGUGCAUUUCUGAAACAAUCUAAACUAAAAUGUCUAUAUUCUUUGGCCACUGGCUUAUGAUGUGUUACUGAUAUGCUUAUGAUGUGUUACUGAAUCCCCAGCCUCCUUAAAUGCUUUUUAAAAUCUUCGUUACAACCAACACAUCGUGGCUAAGUAAUCUGCACAUGUGAAUGAUUUUUUUAAAUUUCUUUUCUUAUCAGUAUCCACUCUUUUCUCUCUGCAGCACAUUCAGAUGGUUCAAGUGAGUUUUAAUUUACCACUUCCUUGUAGGAGAGUGUCACAUUGCCCAGAAUAGAAUUAAAGCAUUUACAUCUUGAGGCGAAAAAUCUUUUAAAAUACAACUAUGUCAAAAUCAAGUAAGUGUUCGUUUCGUUUGUAGGUUUAGAAAUGUUGCACUGGUUAAUGAAGUUUUACGUGAGUGGGUUCUUUCCUAUUAUUUUUAGCCUUGGGAUUUGAGAAAGUAAAUUAUGUCCAUCAAUAUGCUGUUCUUUAGAGAAGUUUCAAAUAUUUCUAGAACUAGAGAACUUGGACUACACAAAGAAAUAAUUAUGAUUAUAACAAGUGGCCCAAGUGCAGAUUUUAAAUGUACAGGCACACUGACGUCAUAAAUUAAAAAUUCACUAGGAUCAAUCUUUAAUGAAAUUGAAUAAGAAAGAUCAUCACUCAUUAUAACUGAUUAAAAUUGAUAGAGCUUCUAAUUAAGCAUUAUCCAGUCCAAUCAACAGCUGUCUCUGGAAGCUAGCCUAUGAGGAAGGAAGGAGAAAGUUUUAGAGUAAUUCUUUUUUACUUGUUGCAACAUCUGAUGGUUAAAUACAAAAGAAAUAUGUACCAUGAGUUCAGUGAGAAGAAGCAAUUAACAAAAUCGGCUAUAUUUCUUGUGUCUUCGAUUAUGUGUCUCCAGACUACAGUCACGCUGCAAUUUUCCAUAACAUAAAAAUAAAUAAAAAUAAAAACAAUACUUCUGUUAGCCAUAUUAUUUCAUCAGGAUAUAAUCAGUCUAGUUUCAUCUACAAUGAAACCAAAGUUGUUCUAGCCAUCAUAACAUACCCAACACUGAAUUCUAGAUUCAGAUGUUUACCUUCCUGCUUCAUAUCUCUCCCUUACUGGAAAAAAUUGAAUAGACCUCUCCAUUUGGAGAGCUCUGAUCUCUCUAUCUACUAAGAGAAUAUUUUUCAUCUAGAUAAAUGACAUAGCCAUUCACCAAAUUGGCAAAAACAAGAAAUUUUCCAAGACUCCUCAGUGCUUCCCCCUCAUUCUCUUCAUCCUAUUUUUCAACAACUGAAGUUUGUAUAUCAAAAACACAACCAAAAUCCAUCCACCUCUUUCAACUUACUGAGCUACCACUGUUUUCUAGACUAAUGCAAUAGUUUUUUUUUUCUUUUUACAUCCCACAACAGCUUAUUGAAUGCAGUAAUAAUAAUGAUCUGACUUUUGUAAAUGCACAUGAAGGCGAAGUUGCAGAAAGUCUGCAAAGGAUAGAUUUUAAAAGAUUGGCAUUGAAGUAUAUGAGACAUUGAAAGGAAAAGGAAUACUGUGGCCAUCUCGACCUGUUUCACUAAUUUGGUACUGUUUUUGUAUCCCAUUUUGCUCCUCUGAAGAUGACCUUUUAGGACAAAGAUUCAUACUACUUUCUAACAUUCUACAUUUUAUUUUCUCCAUGAAAUUUUGCCUGGUGAUAGUCUGCAAUCUCUUUACCACCCACAUUGUUGUUUUUUACCUUUUACAUAUUUGCUAUGUGCAAUCAGAUAUCAGCUAGAAUUUUGCUUUCCCUUUAGAUGUAGGAAACAUUAGUUGAACCUCUAUUCUAAACCCCGCAGAUUUCAAAAACUUCUCUCAAGUAUCUGUGAAAUUUCUGGAGAUCACAUGUCUUCAUAAUUUCUUUGGGUUGUAAGCUUCCAUUUCUGGUAAGUUAGUUCUGUUUGGGCUUGCAUGUGAUUUUCUCACAAUUCUAUGAGGUGAGCACCUAUUUUUCACUAUGUGAGUCUCAAACUUGCUCCCAGAUUUAUGACAUUACUGUAUCCCUCUAGAGAAAGCCCUUUCACACACAUUUUAUGUGUAGCAAAUUUCUCUGAAUCAUUGGAGCUGUGGAGGAAGGUGCUGGAAGGAAACAGAAGUGUACAUAUAAGAGGAAUGAAAACACAGCAUUAGGUAAUAAUUGUUCUUAGAAGUCCGUUGGUUCCUCAUCACCAGGAAUUUCUUCACUAGCUAUUUUUUUAUGAGCCAAAAUUAUCCCUAGCUUUUUUCUCUUUCUCAGACCAAUUUCUUCCAUCCCCUUAUGAUAUAUGCACACAUUGUCUAUAUGAUAGACAUGUAGCAUUUAUCUCUUCUUUCUCUUGUGUCAUUAGUUUCCCAUCUUUAACGAAUUAUUCUCAUCAGUACACAAAUACUCUGUGAUCUUUCCAAUCAAAAAAAACCUCUUGAUUACACUUCUUUCAGGUAUGACUAUCUUUCUUUCCUUGCUUUACACUAAAAUUUUUAGAAUACGGUGUCUAUUCUUCCAUUCUUCAGUUCCCAUCUUCCUAUUCACUCUUCAACCCAAUUCGGGCUUUUAGUACCCCUCUUCGUCACCACUACUCCAUUAAAGUUGUUCUUCUGAAGAUUUAUAGCACUCUCAAUUUUGCUAAACUGUGGUCAUUCUUGCCCUCAUCUUCUUGCCCUUUAAACAGCAUUUAUCUCAAUUGAUUACUUCUUCUUUGACUUGCAUUCUUUACCUGGAUUCAAGGAAUUCCCCAUUACUGGUUCUUUUUCUAACUUAUUGGUCACUCUUUUCAAGUCUCUUUAACUGAUUUCUCCUCAUCUUCCUCAUUUCAUAUCAUUAGAAGCUCACAGAUAUUUGUGUUUUAAUUUCUUUAUCCACAUUCACUCCUUUGGAAUCCAUUCUCAUAGCAUCUAUGUGUUAUCAAUUCUCAAAUCUGUAUUUCUCAUCAAACUAUAACUCAAAUUGUUAAAAUAUGAAUCCAUAAAUUGUGAACAUAGGUCAGAAUUUAAUUCAUUAAUGAGAAAACCAGUAGGAUUAUCAAGUUGAUUUUAUAUUGUUCCAGAUGCUACAAAAAGAAACUUUAUAUACAACAUUAUAAAGAACUUUGUCCAAUAAUUGAGUACAUUUUCAUAUGAGCUAAUAGGCUUAAGUAAAAAGUCCAAAAGACAAUUUAGCAAGAGUUUUCUUAAGAAGUUCUUAUUUUAGAUAAGAGGUAGGAUUGAGGCAGGAAAAUAGGGUCUGGAGGCAGGGAACAUAAGGCAGAUUCACACUUAAGCUAUGACAGGAAAUAUCCUUUCCAUAGGGCGUAUGCAGAGUAAAUGACUUUGUAACUUUAAUUCAUUCUCUCCAUUUAUAAAGACCAUACACCAAGUAACCAAUGGAAACCCUUCACCAAUUUAAACCCCAAAAAAUUCUGUAAUGGCAUCCUUGAGCCCCUAUGCUUGGGCCCACUCCCACAUUGCAGAGUGUACUUUCAUUUUGAAUACAUUUCUUCAUUCUUUCCUCGCCUUGUGCAUUUGUCCAAUUAUUUGUUGAAAAUGCCAAGAACUGGUUCACUGUCCACUAGUAACAGCAUUAGAUAAUGACUGUGGGUCAGGUUUCCUGAAAACCAGAAUCUGAUAUGUACUUUAGAAUGCGCAAUGUUUUUAAGGCUGGUCUGUGGCAUUAAUACUUGUACAAGGAAGGGGAGAGAGCAAAACAGAGCAGAAGACAGUGAAGCCGAGAUGCAGUCUCAAAGACAGCCUUAAUUGGCUAAUCCCAAGAGGAGCUCUGGUUACUAGAAUAGCACUUCAGUAUUUCCCAAGUUGAACCUGAUUGGCCAGGAUUUAUACCGCACAUCAAUCAUCUUUUCUCAGUUGCCCAGUUGAUAAAGUAUACAAUGGACAAGAUAUCUCUUUAUGAAUGAGACAAUCUGUGAAAGGGGCUGACCAAUGAAAGCUGUUUACUGACAGCACUCCCAGUAGCUGAGGUAACAAGCCCUUCACUGAAGAAGUGAUAUGGGUCCCAUCACAGUGUCCACCACAAUAACAUUAUAAAGUCCAACUCAAUUCCAAGAUUCAAUUUCUAUAUGUAACUAUUUUAAUGAUACAUUGUUAUGUUUUAAUUCAAGUUGAAUUAUGACUUCCAAACUAAUCAUGCAAUAUUGUACAUAUUUUAAAUGUACUGAAUCCAAGAAGAAACUAUACUUUAGUAGAUAUGUCAGUCAUUGAUUUACAGAAGCUUUUUUUUUUUUUCUGUAAUACUGUCACAAAUCUACAUGAUAAUCCCUAGUGCCAGAUUUUACUUUUGACUAGCUGAGCAAG